CAGUGCUUGAGUAAGUGAUGUGGUUUGGGACGCAGUUUGUCUCCUCCUUCUUUUCACUCGUCAUUAUUUCUUCGCUCUUAGAGAGCAGGUGGGUUUGUUAGUAGUCGCGUUUUAGACCAAAGACGGAAGCAUUCAUUCAAGACAUAGCAUUCAAGGCUGAUCGUCUGGCUAUUUUGGAGAAUGGAGAUCAUGAUGAAUUUACGGUUUUGCCUUUUGCUUAUGGCUUCUGUCUCUCUCGGAGGAUGUUCGGAAGCACCUUCGUUUUGUCUUGGUUAUGACUGUCCAGUUUACACUGUUGUGAAUACAUAUGAGAGUUUUGAGGAGCGUCUUUAUGAGCCCAGCCAGUGGAUCACUACAGACAUUGCAAGCACCAGAGCCAGUGACGUCCAAAAAGGCUUCUGGAAACUAUAUUACUUUAUGCAAGGGAAAAAUAAGGAUGGAAAAAAAAUCACAAGCCGGCCAGUAGUGGUGUCAGUAAAUGAUGCUUCUGAGAAUGGGGUGUCAAUCUCCUUCUUCAUCAGCGCUGGCAUUGUCCUCCCUGAACCUAAUGAUGAGACCAUCAAGAAAAAAGACCUGCCUGCUUCAAGGGUGUAUGUUAGGGUAUUUGGGGGAAUUGCAACUGAGGACGAUGCCAUUGAGAAUGUGCAGAAGUUGAAGAAGGACCUGCAGGUUGCAGGGAAACCUUUUGAUGACACAAGGUUUGAGGCAGCUGGAUAUGAUGCUCUGUGGAAGCUAGUGAACAGACACAAUGAAGUAUGGGUCUAUGCUGCCUAGUGCUAGCUACAGAUCACUGAGUAACAGCUACGAAUGGCAGAUAUAUGAAUCCUGUCAUUGUUAUAACUGAACACUCUCUUACUAAAUAUGUGUAUUUUUCCUAUCUGUAAUCUUUAAUUUAAUUAAAACAUUAGCCAUUAAUUAAUUGAAUUAAAAGCAUUUAGGCAAAGAGUGUAUAAGUAAAUUAAAUAGUUAAUGAAGUAGGUUUUUUUGGGUUUUUUUUUUGCUGCCUUAUAAUU